CACGCCCCUGGCUCACUCCGGUGCCGGCCUCUCAGGGAGUAGCACGCGCAGGCCGCCUCUCCUGCGCACGUGUUCCCCUGGUCGCUGGACUUGGGCCUACCGCCCUGGCGGUCUCCACUGCCUUCCAGCAGCCCGGCUGUGCCACCCGCUAGACCAGCGGUUCAGCCUCGUGUAGCCCGGGCGCUCUAGAUACAGCCAAUUCCAGAGAAAAUGCAUCUGAAGAACCUUCCGACCGCGGAGCCUGAGGCUGUGGCUCCUGCUCCAGAUCCAGUUCCAGUUCCUGUUCCAGCUCCAGCUCCCGUUCCGGCUCUGGCGCCCGUUCCGGCUCCGGCUCCCGUCCCGGCUCCGGCUCCGGCUCCCGUUCCGGCUCCUGUUCCAGCUCCCUCGCCAGUACCGACUUUUGUGCCUUCCUUUGCUGGGCCUGUUGCUCCUGUCCCAGCUCCAGGCUUUGCCGUUGCUGAGCCUCCAGCUCUUGGCCAGACCAGUGCUCCAGCCUCUGCCCAGUUUCCUGUUCUGGCUCCUACCUUUGCUUGGCCUCCUCUUCCUUUGUCUGCCCUUGCUCAGGCCUGCCUGGAUGCCCAGGCUAGGGCUCCUGCUCUGGCCUCAGUCCUGUCCCAAGCAGCACCUGUAGCUAGUCCUCAGCCCCAGCCUGAAUCAGCUACCAUUGCUGCUGCUGCUGCAGUGGUAGGUACCUCUUCCUCCUCAGGGGCUGCAGAGGGGCCCUUGCCGGCUUCCUCUUACCCCAAGACCAAUCUGAUCGUCAAUUACCUGCCACAGAGCAUGACCCAAGAGGAGUUCUACAACAUAUUCGCCAGUAUGGGUGAGAUUCAGUCUUGCAAAUUAGUGCGGGACAAGAUGACCGGCCAGAGCCUAGGCUAUGGCUUUAUUAACUAUGUGGACCCCUGGGACGCAGAGAAAGCUCUCUGCUUGCUGAAUGGGCUUCACUGCCCCCCCAAAACCAUUAAGGUGUCCUAUGCUCAGUCCAGUUCAUCCUCUGUCCAAGAAGCCAACGUCUACAUCAGUGGCCUGCCUAAGACUGUGACACAGAAGGAGCUAGAACAGCUCUUCUCUCCCUUUGGGCACAUCGUAGCAUCAAGAAUCCUGAUAGACAAGGUCAGUGGGGCCUCCCGGGGUGUGGGCUUUAUCCGCUUUAAUACGAAAUCAGAGGCUGUGGAAGCCAUCAAGGCCCUCAAUGGCCAGAAGCUCCACGGUAUGGUGGAGCAUCUCGUGGUCAAGUUUGCUCGUAACCAGGCCCUGAAGACCCCUCAGAGCCCGCUGGCGCAGCCUCCCCAGCACCACCAGGGGCUCCUGCAGCCUCAGACCAGCAGAUUGGGGCUAGACAACUUGUUCAAAGCGACCUGUGGAGCCCAGUGCUCUUCACCCUCCUCUUUUGAUAACGUGAUGGGCCAGAUGGGAAUGACCUUCCCAGGCCACACCAGCAAUAGCAGCGGCUGGUGUAUCUUCAUCUACAACUUAUACCCUGAAUGUGAUGAGAGUGUCCUCUGGCAGCUUUUCGAGCCCUUUGGAGCAGUGAGCAACGUCAAGAUCAUCCGAGAUUUCAACACCAAAAAGUGCAAACGUUUUGGCUUUGUCACUAUGACCAGCUAUGAUGAAGCAGCUGUGGCCAUCGCCAGCCUGAAUGGUUCCGUCCUUGGUGGCCGUGUAUUGCAGGUUUCCUUUAAGACCGACAAAAUUCACAAGGCUUGAAUUGUGCAAAGCCAAAAGGAAUGCAUUAACAUAAGGAGCAGGAAGAAAGGAGAAGAAACUUUGUGCCAUUUGUCACCAGCUUUACCUUGAUAGUUUGCAAAAUUUUAAAAGUGUUGGUGGUCUUGAAAUAGUUCUGGAAAAGGGUUUUAUCCUGCUUAGAAAAAUGCAAAAUGGCGUACUUGGUAUGUGUGGAGUUCUCUUUAAUAGCUAUUAGUUAUAGAAUAUCUAGAUAACAACGAAGAGGGGGUUUUGCCUAUCUAGCAAAAUGUACUACCUUCUUUGUAAGUGAGUCUUUUAUGAUGAUUCUUCAUAUAUUUGAGAGAGGAGGGGAGAGGGAAUCUCUAUUAAAAAAAAAAAA